GGGAAGGAACAACCGCACCAGUGUCCGUCUCUGACUCUGGCCAUUGCUUUUCGAAGCUCGCGCGCGAACGGUUAUUCUCUUUGUAUUACGUCUCGGCGGACGUUUCAAGAAGUCGCAGAGUUGAAAAGAAAUCGGCGCGGUUUAGGUGUUCUUUAAUUUGUGAAAAACACGGGAGAAUUGAAUGAUUCGGUUCAAUUUUAUUUGUAAAAAAUUUUAGAAAUUGUUGCAGGUUUUUUGUUGUGAAUUUAUUAAUCUGUUUUGUUGGUUGAUUUUUGGAUUGUUGAUGGAUUAUUAGAGAUAAAGUGGGAAUUGGAGUUACGGUAAAGGAUUUUUUGGAGCGUCGGAAAAACAGCUGAUACAUAGGUUGAGGGAGAGAUCGUGUAGGAUCAAAGAGAUAAAGUGGGAAUUGGAGUUACGGUAAAGGAUUUUUUGGAGCGUCGGAAAAACAGCUGAUACAUAGGUUGAGGGAGAGAUCGUGUAGGAUCAAAGAGAUAAAGUGGGAAUUGGAGUUACGGUAAAGGAUUUUUUGGAGCGUCGGAAAAACAGCUGAUACAUAGGUUGAGGGAGAGAUCGUGUAGGAUCAAAGAUGCGGCGGUUAACUUUUUGGAGUCCCCUGAUAAUUCUCCUCUUAUCAGCGUACAGGAUCGAGGAUGCUGAGGCCUGCUCCUGCACAAUGUCCCACCCACAGACCCAAUUUUGUCAAUCAGACUGGGUUGCUGUUGUCAGGAUCAACAAAUUCGUGGAGUUCAAUGAUCAUGAGGCUGCUUAUAAGAUCAAGCUUCAGAGGAUUUUCAAGGCUACUCCGAAAGCAGAACACGCUUUAAAGCAACAUCUAAUGCUGUGGACACCGUCUGUGGACAGUCUGUGUGGACGUGUGAAUAUGGAGCCAGGGGAAACUUGGGUUGUUGGUGGUAGGAUGAGUGGUGGAAAGCCCCAUAUCUCACUGUGCAACCUGGCAAUGCGCUGGGCGGAAGUUACCGGCAGACAACGGAAAGGCUUCCGGCAGUUCUACAAUCAUGGCUGCGUUUGCCACAUCUUGUAUACUGAAUGGCGGAACAAAGGCGCCGUCUUCAAUUCUACCGGUGGUAAAGAAUGUCUGUGGGAGAGUGCACCAGGACCAACAGACUGCCAAGAGAGAUAUGGCAUAUGCAAGGUGGGAAAAGCUGGCUGCUCAUGGGAACUUUGCUAUGCAUACAAAAAGUGUGUUGACAAACAUCAACGCGACAGGGACCAGCAACUCGCUAGAGAGCCUUAAUGUACCGACGGAUCGUGAAUGGAAUUGUCUUAAUUCUGCUUAAGAUCGUUAUUUUAUUUAAUGAAGAGAUUUUUUUACUGCGGGGAGUCGGGAGAGUUGAUUAAUUGCACAGAUCAUUGAUGAAGUUCCCAUUUUCUUUGGAUAGCUCUGGAAACUACUUGCCUCUGAGAAUAAUAUCACAGAGCUUUUUCGGUUAAAUUCCACAGACGAAAAGAUGUCCCGAGAAUUUUCUUGAAUUCAUCAGUUUCGGAGAUAUUCACUGAAUGUUAAAAUCAUGAACGAAUGGGGAAUUAGUGUAAUCAGAGCGCAAGGUUCUAUUAUCUGGGGAGAUGAAGGCGUGAUGCAUACAAGUAUUUCUGCGAAAUAAAGCUCAGCUUAUUUCGCACUGUAAAUAUUUAAGAUUUUUUUUUUUGGUUAUUAUUAUUUUCGAUGUAUAUUGAGUAUUUAAAUUAUUCUACCCGGUAACGAGUAGGUUUUAAGUUAUUAAUAAUCGUGAGGUGUUUGGUUUUUUAGUGAAGGAGUGAAAAUUCAAUGUUUUGAUUGAUGAGGGGAAAUUUAUGAUUUUAAAAAGGGUUUUCACAUUUUGUCUCAGAAUUUGAUGCUUUAGAGGGGGUUGGUAACAGACAUAUAUUCGAACACACCAAAAAAAUUUCAAUUUCAAAGUUUCAAUUUUGUACAAUUGCACCGUUGGAAAAAUGAAAUUGAAAUUUCAUGGAUAUUUGACGGAGAAUUUUCAGAAGAGAGACGUCAAAUUCUAUCAACGGGGGAUAAAAAUCAAAAUGUCAGAUUUCAGUGAAAAUUCAAUGAAAUUUCGAAUUUUUGACCAGCAGGAGGACGAGAGGUACCGAAAUCACUUUUCCAAUUCCAAUUUCCAAUCUAAACGCGAAUAUUUCAUAGGGGAGGAUGGGGCAAAACGGUCCCCCUUCAAUUGUCAAUAUUUUCCGAUUCAAUAAUCCGAUUGGGAUGAG